AUGAUUCCCAAUGUGAUUUCUUGCAAGGUAAAUUUAGCAACACAAACAGAAACAUCUGUUUUUGGUGAUGACACACCGUUUAACUUCGAAAAUGAUGAAAACACACUUUUCUCACUCGAAAUUCCAAAAUUAUCUUACGAACCUGAAAUGGUUCAAGGUGUUAUCCGUCCUCUCACACUAGCUCAAGAUGGAACAGUCAUCAAUCACCAUAUUCCAAGGCUUUACAAACGUAAAAAUGCACCAAUGAUUAGAAAUUUACUUGCUCAAAUCGAUGCAGACAAAGCAAACAAAAACGAAUACAUCCGUCAAAUGGCAGCCGCUUUAAUUCCAGGAUUGAAUGAUAAAACAUAUCAUUCUUUAUAUACACAUCCUGUUCAUCUUCCAUUUAGAACCGUUCAAGGCUCACUUACAAUCUUCCAACCAGAGAACAAGACAUUUCCAUGCAUUUGCAUCUUCUCAUUAGAUAAUUCAUUAACAAUUCAAACAGAUGAUUUGAAUAUCAAAUGUCACUUUGAUAUGUGGGAGCCAAUUGAUUCCGGAAAAGAACUCUCUAUUAUUCAGAACAACGAACCAUUCGGUAAAGUUGUUGUUUCAGAAACAGUUGAACCAGUUGAUUACGAAAAUUCAGUUCCUAAACCAAUAUUAGAGUCCUUACAUGUUGAUUCUGACGAUCAGCUUAUUGAUGUGAUCUCAGAAAACGAUACAUCUCUUGUAGAUACCAUUCUUUGCAUUCCUGGAUUAUCUAAAACCGACGCCAGCGAUUUACUCAUCAUUUUACAUCAGAAGAAACUCCUUUCUCCAUACGUCCGCUCCAAGAUUUGCGCUUUACAGCUCACAAAUCCAGAAGAUCCACGAGAUUGGCCUGAAUUACUUGGUCGCUUCAUUUUCCUUCUUGAUCCGAAAUGGGCAUUCAGUAUGAUACCACGUCUUAGGAACAACGACGUCAUGUCCGUUUUCCGCGACAUCAAAUACAUGGAAGGCGGCGCUCUUUACGUUCUCCAAGUUGCAUUGCGAACUCUUGAUGAAGUAAAGCGCUCUGAUUCGAUCAUUGUCUUCUGGACAUUGAUAUUCAUGAGUGUUCUCCAGAACGCGACACUCGCAAAGAAGGAACACGCGGCCAAACUGAAGAAGAAACUCCUUGAUUUGUGGAAAGAGCUCCAAAAGAAGAAAGCAGACUCAAACACAAGGAAAUUGACUCAAAUGACAAUAGACGAGAUCAAAGACAUGCGUUCUUUCAACAUCUCCCGUGUUGUCAAUGAAGACAGCGAGUACAUCAAGCACAUUUUCCAGGAAUAUCAUGACAAAAUCUUCAAAAUUUUGUCAAUUAAUCCUUAUCGUCGUGAGGAAAGUCAUCCACUUUAUUUCCCUGUUGUCAUUGCAUUGGAAGAAGCCCUCAUCAUGGCGAACAACCGUGAUGAUUUCAUCUCUUCUGAUUCCGCUUCUUUGGCUGGCGACAACGAUGUUUCUACUUACGAAGACGAGGCAUCGAAUACUCAGUCGAAUUCUCGCAGUUCAUCGAGACAUUCAACGCCAAGAAACACAGAAUCAUCGAGGAAAUCGAAGAAAGUUGCUCAGGAAGAAGACGACGAAGCAACAAUGGAAUCAGAGUCUUAUCAAUCGAAGAAGUCUUAUCAAACAGCAAGUUCUCAUUCAUCGAGAAGACCUCCUCCACCUGUAAACGACAAACCUGUUGAAGAUUAUGAAGAAGAAGAGGAAGAAAUGAUCAAAACACCUUCUUCCAAGUCAUCAAACAAUCCUUUGAAGACUCCUAAAUACCAGCCAAAACAACAGGAAAAGAAACAAGUCGAAGAAGAAGAUUUGUACGAUGAAGAAGAAGAUUAUUACACUUAUGAAGAAGUAGAACAACCAAAACAGCAGCAACAACAAAUACCACCAAAACAACAACAACAGCAACAAGUUGAAGACGAUGAUGAUUAUUACGAUGAAGAAGAGGAUUAUGAAUAUACAAAUAGUGUUCAACAAUCAUACAGCAGUAUAAAGAUUUCAGCUGCAACACCUUCUUCACGCGGAUCGCAACAAUCUCCUCCAAUCAUUGACAAGUCUUCCCAGUUACAUUCUGCUUUGGCCACGAAAUCAAGUGGAAACAAUCCGAAAUCUGCUGCACCACAAAAACAAUCUUCUCCUCAUUCUCAGAAACCAAAUACUGUUUCAUCAAAGCAAUCUCCUGUUCCACAACAACAACCAGCACAACAAGAACAAAGUGCUGAAUACAGUUCUGAACCAUAUUCACGUUCAUCACGUGCUUCUGCAAGAAUGGCUGCAAUUAGAGCUGCUCAGAGAAAGUCACAGCAUCAGAAUCAAGAUUUCGAUGAUGAUGACUACAGCAGUUACCAAUCAGGAGGAAACAGAAACACAGGAACAACUGGAUACAAGGAAAAUAAUGCUUCUAGAAAUAGUUACACACCAAGUAACAUCGCUUCUUCUAAAUCUAAGUCUGCUGCAAGUAGAAGCAAUAUUCUACAGGAUGAUGAAGCUCCUUACAGUAAUGGACAAUAUUCUGAUGAUGAAAUUUAA